AUGACCCCUCCCAAGACCAAACCCAGACGCCUCUACCAAGUUUGGAAGGGUAACAAUAAAUUCUUGUGUGGCGGAAGAGUAGUCUUCGGUCAUGAUGCCGGGUCACUAAUUCUAACUUCAUUCCUAAUUGGAGGUCCUGCCAUAACAUUCUGCACACGAAUGCUUGUGAUGACCAAAGGGCAAAAUCCGUUCUUUGUCUACCCUGUAUUGAUUGGGGGAAUAGUCCUCACUGUUUUGGAUUUUUUGUUUCUGUUCUUGACAUCUGGUAGAGAUCCGGGAAUAAUUCCGAGAAACUCGCAGCCACCUGAAUCAGAUGAGGCAUCCGACACGCCCACCCCUUCAAUGGAGUGGGUUAAUGCUAAAGCCUCUGGUCUGAAGAUACCCCGAGUAAAGGACGUAACUGUCAACGGUCACACAGUAAAAGUAAAGUUCUGUGACACUUGUUUGCUAUAUCGUCCACCCCGUGCUUCUCAUUGUUCAAUCUGCAACAACUGUGUCCAGAAGUUUGAUCACCAUUGUCCGUGGGUUGGUCAGUGUAUUGGAUUACGCAAUUAUCCAUACUUCAUUAUGUUUAUAUCAUCAUCAACCUUAUUGUGUAUAUAUGUAUUUGUGUUUUCCUGGAUCAACAUUCUUCGAGAGGGCGGCAAGAUAUGGAGUGCCAUGUCUAACGAUAUCCUAUCAGUUAUCCUCAUAGUCUAUUGCUUCAUCGCUGUCUGGUUUGUUGGUGGGCUUACAGUUUUCCAUUUCUAUUUGAUUUGCACCAAUCAGACAACUUACGAGAAUUUCAGGUAUCAGUAUGAUAAGAAGAAAAACCCGUAUAGCAAGGGGAUAUUAGGGAACUAUAAUGAAGUCUUCUGCUCUAAGAUCCCACCAUCAAUGAUUGAUUUCCGAGCAUGGACAUCGGAAGAUGAUGAUAUAGUUGUAGGAUCCACCCCACCAGAGAGCGACCGAGGCUUCAUGGGCUCAAAAGAGAAAUUCGACAUAGAAGUGGGACAGAGAUUUAGCAAGGAUGCCGGUAAAGGACUUCCAAUCAUUUUGCAGAAUUUGGAUUACAGCGCUUUUGAUGACACUACGAAGAGGAAGAAUUUGGAUCACAGUAGUUUUGAUGAUCAUUUUAAGAGGAACAUUGGAGAUAGUGAACGAUAUUCACAUCGGAGUUCUGGCAUUGGAAGUAGUACUAGUUAU